AUGGAUGGGACGCACGUCGGGUGGGAUGCCAUGAACAACUGCACCGAUCAGGAGUACUGGGACACCCUCGUUUACCAGUGCAUCCCCUGCAGCCUCGUAUGCAGCCGGCCCACAGUGAGGAGGUGUGCUGCCCUGUGUGAGUCCAUGGACUGCAACAGGAGAGCCGGCUCCUACUACGACGAGCUCCUGAAAAAAUGCAUCAACUGCACCACGGUCUGCGGGCAGCACCCGAAGCAAUGCGCCCCGUCCUGCGAAAGUAAGGCAGUGUGGGAAGCCAGCGCUGGGACCUGUCACCGCAGGGAGGACUCCUCCAAAGAUCGGCUGGUGGAAGCGGGCAGCGUUGGUGAUGGAUCCACAGGUAGCAAGGUCCCAGAGCCAGUGGAAACCUGUGGCUUCUGCUUCCCUGGACACAGCUCUGCUGUACGAGAGACCAAACCAUGUCACAGCAGCUCCUGUCACAUCGGGGAAAGAGCUGCUCCCUCUCACACCGGGAUAUGCAGCACAGGAAGCGCUGGGGCCAUUCCCAGCCCUGAGGAUGGCCACUUCAAAAUCAUAUGCUCUCCUUCACAAGAGAAGACGCCCAUGGUGUGA